CUUGUUUUUUGCUUAACGUCGAAGAAGAGAAGGAUGUAGUCGACACCAAUGCAAUGGCCGAUGAGUUUUUGGCCGCUUCGUCGAAAGGUGUACAGAGGAAGAACGAGGCCGUGCACACCGUCAAAGCUUCCCUGGGUCAUGACGCAUAUCACGCUUUGUGUCGACUGCGAAGGGAGGACCAGGCCGAGGGGGGAGAUCAUCGAGAAGGCAUUGAUCCUGUUGGACACGUACUCGGUGGUGUCCCGAGCCUUGGGCCAGAACACCUUGGUCAAGGCGGUGAAUGUGGUGCAACAAAUGCGCAAUGCCGGCUACAGUGACGAGUGGGCCACGACGCUGUGCAGGGCUCUCUUUCGACAGAAAGACAAAGACCUUCGCAAGGCCUUCCGCCUCUUCGACCAGAACCGAAAUGGAUGGAUUGAAUCCUCCGAGCUGCGGGAGGCGCUUCCCUUGAUGGGUGAGGAGGUGCCCGACGCGCGCAUCGAAGAACUCUUUGCGAUCGUAGACCAGGACAAGACGGGGCUGAUAGACUUCGAGGAGUUUUGCUUCUUAGUCAAGGGCCUGAACAAGGAGGAAGGUGAGGAAGCAGAUGCCUUCGCUGCAUUUCGCACAUCCGCUGAAGAUACCCUGGGAGCUGUUGGUGGAGCAGUUGGAUCUGUGGCAUCUGGAACGGGUGCGGCGCUCUCUGCGGUGUCCACGGCCUGGUCGGCCAAUUUGCCCGGCCUCAGCCCUUUCGAACUGCGCAAAGCGGGCGUCGUCCUCAAGAAGAUGACCGCAGCAGGAUACAGCGAAGCCAUGGCCCUGGCCAUUUGCAGAGCCUUGUUUUGUGGUCAGACUGAAAAGCAAAUGCAAAAAGCCUACAAAUUCUUUGAUUCCGACGAGAAUGGACGGAUUGAUGUGACGGAGCUUAAAGAGGCCAUGAAGCUCAUGGGGGAGGAUAUCAAGGACGAGCAAAUCGCUGCGCUCUUCAGUGCAGUGGAUCACGAUGGCAAUGAUGCCAUAAGCUUCGAGGAAUUCUGUGUGUUGGUGCAAGAACUCAGCCUUCCUUUAGUGUCAUGGAAAACGCGUGGCGCCAAAAUAUAAUGACAUUGCAUGAUUGCAUGACAGAGGUGAUAGAUACC